AUGAGCUCCGGGGACUCGCAGGACACGCAGCCCAGUGAAGACCCCGCCGGCGGCAGCAGCAACGAGAGGGAGCGGAUCAGGUGCCGCAUGAAAAUGGUGAUCGGGCAGUUGGAGGGGAUCCUGCAGGAGCUCAAGGAGGUAGCCAAGGAGCUCCGGGAGGUAGUGAGCCAGAUUGACAAGCUGACGUCGGAUUUUGAGUUUGAGCUGGAGCCGGACGACUGGACCACAGCCACAGUGAGCAGCACAUCCAGCAGCGAGAAAGGGGGUGGCACGUUUGACCUCAGCCAGCUGGAUUUCAUGACCUCAGACAUCCUCUCUGACAGCUGGGAGUUCUGCUCCUUCCUGGAGGUUUCCACCCCGUCAGACUCUGGGGACGGCUCGGAGCAGCAGCCAGGCCGCCAGCCAGACUACCGGCUGAUGAACGGCGGAGUGCUGACCCCUAACGGACCCCGGGUGGAGACGCCCGACUCUUCCAGCGAGGAGGCCUUCAGCUCCGGCCCCAACCUGAAAGCCCAGCACCAGAGGACGCCGGGCAUAAGGGAGCGGGUCCGCUUCAGUGACAAGGUGCUCUACCACGCCUUGUGUUGUGACGAUGAUGACGGGAACAGCCAGGAAGGCACCGGUGGGGUGCCACUGCCCGAGGACCUACCGGAGGAGCCCAUCGAGGCGGGGCACAAGCCGCCGGCUCGGCCCGCUGCCAAUCUGCCGCCGCCGCAGCGGCACUCUCCUCACCUGAGUGCCACUCAGCAACGGAAACUGAUGAGGAACAGCAGCACACAGACCGUGUCGGACAAAAGCACCCAGACGGUGCUUCCCUAUGUAUCGGCCAAGCAGAAAAUCAAAGGCAAAAACUGA